GAAGCCCAUCUCAUUAGGACCGUUGGGGGCUACAUGGAUCUUCUCCAUGCUUGCUAGACACUUCUUUGCUUCUAGGCCAGCUUUGCAAUGAAUUCCGACUCCACCCCCUCCAAACCUGGGGCCACCCUGUCGCUCUACGCCAAUCUGUUGGAUCCCUCCGCCGACAACUCGCCCGGAACGAUUGCUCGCGCCCCGGUAGUCUUCAAGCAGAGUACCGAAGGUGACUCUCAGUCAGAUGAAUCCGCUGCCAAAAAGCAGCAACUCAAUGCUGCUUCUCUCAGAUUCCAACCUACCAAGAGACCCCAACUAGCGGCCCAGAAACCGAAACCGAAACCAACGCUACCAAAGGCUGUCGCAACACCUGCAGCCCCAGCAGCAGCCCCAGUCAAGACCACUCUUGCGGAUUGGGCAGCCACAGAGGAUGACGAUGUCAAUGGAUUCUACGCCGGCCCGAAGCGGCAGCGAGGUGGUCGCAAGAAGCGCAAGAAGAAUCGCGAGGCGCAGGAGUUCAUGCAGAACUGGGACGAUAUCUAUGACCCGUCGCGACCGAACAACUACGAAGAGUACAAACACAGCGACGAACAAAUAGCCGAAAUCCGCGAGUGGAAGGACCGUCUUUACGCACAUCGCAUCGCCAGAUCACCCAGCAGAGAUUCAUACAGCGAUGAUGAUUAUGCACGACCCAUGAAGCGACAAUUUGCUCCUCCGAGUAGCUUCGCGCCGCCCCCGAAUCUGAACGACAUGCCGCCCAGACCACCCAUGGCAUCGCCGCCCCCAGAACAAACAAGUGAAAUCCCAGGAGACAUGUCUAUGUCGGAUAUUAUCCCACCGCCACCCCCGCCUCAUGAACCACCAGCCCAGAUUCCGGAUGACCCUACAGGAGAAGAUGCCUACUUGCGGCGCCUUCAAAUGUCGACGGGCAAUCAGCCCACGGGGACCCCCGCUGCUCCACCGCCACCCAGACCUCUGGAAGCCUUACAGCCAGCCUCUGCAACUAUAUCCCGUGCACCGGUUCGCUACACGCUGCCUCCUCCGCCCGAGGAUAUACCUGCGUCGGAGGCGGAACUCGAAGAAGUCUUUGCGAAGGAGCAGCCAGUGGAAGAUGAGCCAGAUGAUGAUGGCCAGCGCUCGCUGCGACCUGGGCAGAAGGGGUUCGCCGAACGACUCAUGGCAAAGUAUGGCUGGACCAAGGGUUCUGGCCUGGGUGCAACGGGAUCAGGUAUCGUCAAGCCACUGCAAGUCAAGGUUGAGAAGCAGAAAAAGCGACCGGACUCCGAAGGUGGUGGUUUCGCUACACCCGCUGGUCGGGGCAAGAUCAUUGGCGGCGCAAGGAAGAAUGAAGAGGAGGGGAAGUUCGGUCCAAUGAGCGAAGUCAUCAUCCUCAAAGGCAUGCUUGAUGGGAUGGAUGUGGAUGCAGAGUUGGCUGGAGGUGGCGAGGGCGGUGGUCUGAUGCAGGAAAUUGGAGAGGAAUGUGCGGAGAAGUAUGGUCGCGUUGAACGUGUUUUCAUUCCCCGAGACUCGGCGCCUCCAGUGCCAGUCUUCGUCAAAUUUACUAACCAACUGUCAGCUUUACGGGCUGUCAACGCUCUCGAGGGUCGGAUAUUCAAUGGGAACGCAAUCACUGCCCGGUUCUAUGAUGUGUCCAACUUCGAACAGGGGAUAUACGAUAGUUGAUGGCGAGAAGCAGCUUUGUACAUGAUACCUAAUAACCCAUGGAAUGAAAACUUUAGACGACCGUGUAACCAAAUAGAAAUCGCAGCACCUAUCACCCUCAGAACGUGAUAUGAUCGAACACUGCAAAAUUGUCGACCAGGUCAUCUCCACGUGCGUGACUCAUGGGAGAUACAUCGAAUCUACUCAAAACAUCAUCUUCAUCGUCUUGUGUCAUGAUAGAGGAGGCCUGGAGUUCGCUUUCUAUUUCUUCCAAGUCGGUGAAGGCGUCAUCAGAUCCGCACUGGGAACAUGCUUCCAGAAUUGGGAUGCUUAACACCUCUGUAUUGCCGCAACCCUCGUCGGGCUUCACUGCUUUAAUGCACCAGAUAUAGAGG